AUGGCGGCAAGGUUGGUUUUUGUGAAAAUUGUUUUGCUGUGUACAUUUGCAACUCUGACGAGGACACAAAGUAACAGAACAGUCUUUUCACCAUCCUCAUCCUCAGGUAACUCACACGAAAGCGUUUUGGAUGGGUGUUUUCAAAAAUGCGCGAGUUUGUGAUGCGUGAUUUCUGUUCCUGCAUGAGCGUGUCAACUCACAGACAAACAUAUGCAUUUGUCUUGUCAUGUACGUGUGGAAUUUACAGAAACCGGUCGUUUAGCCAAUGGUCAUUUCGCAAACGUCUUCUGAUCAGUUUGCAAACGUGUAGAAGUCAGUUCACAAACGUCUAGCAGUCACUUCGCAAACGUUAUUUACUUGUCAACCUUUGUUUUAACCAAACGGUUCAGAAUACUAUAAUUAUUGGGUGUGAAAUUUCACAUUAUAAACAUUUACAUGACAACUAUACGAUGCAGAAUACUACAUUACAUGUUGUUUGCGUAAAUUAUUGGGUGUGAAAUCUCACAGCUGAUUUCAUGCUAAAGAAUACUUCAUAAUCAAAUGGACAGUGGAUACAAACAGACUUCCAUUUUGAAGUUGGUUUAUUCAAACCCAGUCCUUUAGGAUGAUUGUUCGUUCUACUCGUGCACACGCGUGUGGUUCAGCACCAGUUUUGUUUCAUACAGCUCACCUCAUACAAAGCACGUGCGUGCUAUUGUUAUAUUAAUUAGAGUUAGUUGUCACCUAUUUAGUGGAAAAUGACAAAUCAGUGGUGCCAUAUCUCACAGGAAACUUUUUGUAAUUCCCAAACUGGGAAAAUGUUGGGGAUUUUUCCCAUUAUUGAGAAAUGUUUGGGACAACAUUUUCCUCUCAUGGGAAAUGAUUGGUAAAAGUUUGGGUUUAUUUUUCCCAAUGCUGGGUUCACUUUGGGAAAUGAAGCGAAAUAUUCUUUAAAAUACCAAUGUUGGGAAUCCAAUGGGUUUUCUCCCCAGAAUAUGGGAAAAUGAUGGGACUAUUUUUUCACAAGUUGGGAAAUAUUUCAACAUGUUAUUCCCAAUUUUGGGAAAUGCAAGGGACAAGAAAUCCCCACCUUGGGAAAGGGUUGGUUAAAGUUAGGGUUACGUUUUCCCGAUGCCGUGUUUAGUUUGGGAAAAUAUGCAAUAUAGAUUCCAAGAUCCCAACAUUGGGAAACCAAUGGGUUUAUUUCCCAAAAUAUGGGAAAAUAAUGGGGCUAUUUUUCCACAAGUUGGGAAAUAUUGCAACAUGUUAUUCCCAAUUUUGGAGAAUGAAAGGGACAAGAAAUCCCCACCUUGGAAAAGGAUUUGAUUAAAUCUAGAUUUGUUAUUCUUAUGACUAUUAUAUUGGGUGGGAAAGUAUACAGUAAUCUUGUGUUAGCAUUACGGUGUAAGGGUUAGGCCAAUAAUUAUAUUCUUUUACGGGAAAUAUUGAAUAAAUUCCAAUCCAAAAACAGAAAAGGAUUAAGAAUAAUAUUUUUCAUACACAUAAUGUUUGGUAACAAGUAAAUCUUCCCAAAUGUUGAGUUUAGUUUUGAAAGAAAUGACAGAUUGCUCUUGAAAUACCAACAUACAUAAUGUACAACUAAUGUUUAAAAAGUUUAAUUUUAUAAACAUCAUAUCUGCUAAGUUUAGAACAAAACAGUUUAAGUUUCGUUGGCUUAUUUGAAAACCAAAAGUAUGGUAAUUCAGUGCACGCACUUGAUCGUAUGCAGCCGCUUCAAUAUAAUUAACUAUAAAUGAUCCCACUAGGCGCAUAACUUUUCUCGAUAUCAAGGUGUCUUCUGUUGAGAGCUGAAAUUUGCCCAAUUACUCGAGCCCAAUCUGAUUAAUGAGAUUGCUUCGCGUGGAGUUUUCGGCGAACUACAUUUUUCGCUGCAUCUGUGAAUAGGCCCGCUGCCUUUUUUCAAAGGUUCCCUCACCUGGGAGAACAAUACAAUAUUUUCUUCUCACUGCUUUACUCUUCGCGAGCGUCGGCAAAGUGCAUUUAACUCUGAAACGGACCACAAGUUAAAGCUUUCAAAGACAGAGAAUCUUCUCCAUCGUGCCGUCGAAUUGCCGCCAUGUUUGGUACUUGAACUGGCGUCCAGGCCUUCGCUUAGUGACGCGCGAUCACGUGCGGCUUUUGAACCAAUAGAAAUGUGUACAAGAUCAGGUUUUCUUGGUUCAAAUCUUUAGGCGGACUUCUGUGCAGUACAACAGUGGUUUGCAAACGGAUUGUCUUUAUAAUGAAUGCAUCCAAAGAUUUUAACGCAAAAUAUUCACUUGUGAGGUUUGCUUACAUUUGUCUUGUUUCAAAAUCGUCUUCUAUUAAACAAUGACUCAGCUGGAUCGCGCAUUAAAGAGGAAGGUACGUGUGGAAACUCGUGUUUGGUUGCUCCGUUGAGAUCGUACGAGGCUAGAUCGUCUCUUGUCGGGUGCUAUUUGUUCGUUUUUAUAGAUGAAGUUUCCACCUUGUUUGUUUCUACAGAUGACUGUGGUCUUUGCUGCAAAUCGUCCACGGAAUCCUUUAGAAUAAUCAUAUUCUGGCGGAAUAUUGAAAUCGAAGACUUCGAUGUAUUAGAGGAAAUAUAAGAAUGUUCUGACAUGUUCGCUAUGUAAAAACUAUACAAGAGACUGGUUCAUUUAUUAUAAUUAUGACUUGACGCUGUUUUUUACCAGGUAGGACUUAGCUAUAACUAAAUACCAUAGUGGUUCUGAUAUAAGUGUUGCUCUUAACCAUGUAAAUGAAGUUAUUUAAGGGACAUUUGAUGUGUUCAUAAAGGAAUUGAGCUGUUUGAUAUAUGCACGGAAUAGCCUUCGACAAUAUGACUCUGCAUAACGGCAUUGCUCUAUGAUUGAUGAAUGAACUUAAGUUAAACAGUUUAAUAUAUUUUUAUGAUACAUUUUUCAAUGAUAUUGUACUUUUUGGACGAUAUAUACAUAUAAAGAGAUACAGAUUAAAUACCUGUUUAGUAACAAUCAACCAGUUUGAAUUGACACCUGCAUUGUCAUCUAAAAUAAAUGUUACUGUAAACCAUUUUAAUAUUGUCGAACCUUUAUUUUGUGUUUUACAACUGGACCAAUAUUUUUAAAGGCUGCUGGAUUGAUUACAAUGACAUUCUGGACCAAAAAAAUCCCAUAAUUCAGGAAAUAUGUAGGCCAAUUUCAUCCCACUAUUGAAGAUCAACUGAGGCAAUAAAAACCCAUCUUUGGAGUAUUACUAUCCCAAUAUAUUCCCAUACCUCGGGUUUAAAUUGGUCCAAUACUAUCCCUUUAAUGGGAUAAAAGUGGACCAACUUUAUACCACUAAUUGGGGAUUACCUGGGGCAAUAAAAGCCCAUGGUUGGGGUAUUACUGUUCCAAUAUAAUCCGUACAUUGGGUUUCAGAUGGCCCAGUAUUAACCCACUAUUGGGGUUCAACUGGGACAAUUGAAUCACAUUUUUGGGGUUUUUGUGGGUUGGUAAAAUCCCAUUAAUGGGAUAAAUAUGGGACGCGAAAACUCCAUUCGUGGGUUAAAGUUGGUACACUAAAAUCCCAAUUCGCGGGUUUUUAUUGGGUUUACUUGAACCCAAUAUUGGUUUUGGUAGCAUUUUCCCAAUUUGGGAAAUUACAACCAAAACCCAAGAAAACCCCACGAAUUUCCUGUUUUUUUCCCAGUUUGGGAAUCAUCAAAAAUUCCCUGUGUCUAAUUGACUACCAGUCACAUUGCUGUUAUUUUGAUCUGCUACCACUGGGCACUAAAGUAUAAAAAGGGCUGCGAAUUCUGUUCAUUUCAUUCAACCUACAGAUGUACCUUCUAGAUAUAGUCAUUUGACAACUAGUCACUCUGUGUCACUCUGAUCGCCCACAUGUCCCCGCAUCUAAUAAGGUAUAUUGUAAUUUAAAUGAAUCAGUUAAGUUAAUAGUAGUUGAUGCUGCUUGUUGUUUUUUUGCUCAGAAUUUGAAAAUGUCUGUAUUGGGGGUGCUGUCACUCGAACAGCCCACACUUCCCUGCAUGUGUAAGCAAUAAAUAUGUUUGUGUAUUACAGCAACUUUGUUUAAACAUUCCUUCAACAGCUUAGACUUGCCCACAAGUCGAGUUCACAAUUUCCUCGAUGAUAAAACGCGAGCGGGAGAUAUGUUACAUUUUUCUGUGGCCAAAACGAGCGAUAGGGUGGGAGGUACUACCGGAACUGGAAAUGGGAAGUGAAGGACAUUGAGACUUUCAAUGUACAGCACUUAACAACCAUGUUAAUAUUUCACGCCAAGGUGGCGGCAUUUUUAGCUAUUCUCGGUCAUGGUAGUUAUGGACCUUCCUUCAAAGAGACUUCUUUUUACCACAUCUUUACUGUGAUUCAACUUGAACAACAACAAAAACAACAUUUUGCUCAAAUGAUUCAAAAGUGUUCGCUGUUCUUGUUAUGUUAUCUUUGAAUUAACCUUUGGCUUUGAAUGCAGUAAAGGUUAGACUUAAAUCACUGGUUGAAUAAUAGGUUGUACAUGUGAUUUGACUGGCAAUGGAUGUGAUGUGAACUGCUGUUGUGAUCCUGAUUGUACCAGUGCAGAUCAACAGGCAUUUACAGAAUGCAAGGAUACAGAUACAAAGUAGGUUUCAUUUCCAGAUCUUUAGAAUUCUUGUUUUGUGAGACAUUGUACUUAAUAAUUACAUUGUACCUGUACCAUCUAUAUAUGUAUAUAUGCUUAGAUAAAGUUGUGUGGAGAAGAGAAAUAUUUUUUUUAUUUACAAGUAGGUCCAUCAAGGUUUUGCUCUUUUGAGUCCAGCUAGGGGUAGUUUAUUAUGACAUAUCACAAUUGCAUAUUGCUGAAAGCCACAAAUUGUCUUUCCUUUUUCAGGAUUACCUUUAGGUUAAACCACUCCAAAUCUAUGUUUCAGGUAGUUAAAUUGGCCUUCCUCAAGAAAAUUAAGAAAAAAAGUCAAUGUAGCCUACUGGCAUUCUUGUUCAGGCUAUUAGUGACAGCCCUGGAAAAGGAAAAAAAGAAUUUUGGGGCAAGUGGUUUUGGGAACAAAGUUCAUGGGUGCAGUUGUAGUUUUAAAAUUAUGUAGAUGCACUUAGAUGCACCUUACAGCUGUAUGUUUGGUUUGAUCGAGUUUAGAUCUCCAUGUGAGGUUUUUUUGUACCUUGUUGACUUUUGGCUUUACCUUGCAGCCGUGAUGACCGUGUUUGCCUCUCCAAUGCAGCCCUCUUCACCUUCAGACAAAACACACAAUUUAAAACAGAAACUACUGGCUCUGGCCUCUUCUGUAUUAUCAGGGAUAACUGUAAGUUGUGAAAUAUUUCCUCAAUUAAAUGGCUCUUUCAUUACAGUUGACUCCUGAUAACCUGACCCUCGCUAACUCAAACCUCAUGCUAACUUGAACCGAAGUUGAUUUCCCCCUGGAUUUCCUUCAUACAUUUACUGUAAUUUUACCCUUGGUAACUUGAACACUUGAUAACUUGAAGUAAUUUUUGUUUUUCUUCACACAUUUUCUAUAUAAUUUUACCCUUGAUGAUUUGAACCAUGUUUUAAGCACAUGAUAAGUUGGAAAAAAAGCAGUGUACUGAAUUCCAAAUCAUUGAAUUUAUUUUGCAAACUACAGUACUACACACUAUCAUGGGCAUGUAUUUCAACCAAACCACCUUGUUAUCUACAGUACUUUGCAAGCUCACUUGUUAUAGCAUAGAUGUGCAUCUUCUUUGCUCAAGCAAGGAGAACCUCUAUAAGUAUAUAAGAAAGGAAGAUAUUAUUCACUUACUACAUACUGUGUAUCCUUGUAAACAAAUUGCAUCAGUGUCUUGUGUACAAUAAUUUAAUUAAUAAACAUGUAGUUCAAGGCUGAAUUAAUUGGAUUAAGGGAGAAAACAUCGAGUGUCACUUAGUCAUGUAAUGAAUUUACAUGUAGGUAUUGUACAUUAAAGUAAUAUAAUAUUAUGGUUUUCUUCCAGCACAAUUAAUGAGAACAUGCCCAUUUUUUCUAGUUAGCUUGUUACUGAUUCAUUUACAGUGUUAAGUUGCAGUAUUCAUCUGAGCAGCUACAUUGUUGCUCUCUAGGUGUCAGGUUUUUCAAUCCUUUUAUGCUUUGAUAAAUUGACGCAAGACACUAGGUGAUAAAACUUAAUGUUUGUGUUUCACUCUGACACAGAUGGAGGACCAUAGAUUCUUAUGAAACUAACCCUUCUUUUAAUUUGUGAUCUAUCAGAUGAAUCUCGUAACUUCUAUAAUGAUGUUCAGACUGCCAGUACAAGUGAGGAAUUUUCUAAUCUCAAAAGUCAGUCAGUAUCAGCUGUGUAUGAUUAUCACAGUGAAGGCACAGGCCAGACAACUGCAGCUUCAUCAUAUAAGGUGAUUACACUUACAUGUAUUACUCAGACACAUAUUCAAAUUUUAGCACCAAACAAAGGGGUGGGGUGGGUGCCUAUAAAAGGGCUACAUCCAAAAGUAAGUGAUUGGGCUACUACAGUCUGUAAUGCUAUCAACAUUCUAUUUCAGUGUUAUAGACACAAAAGGUAAUAUCUAAAAAUUAUUUAUUAUUGAAUGGAGUUUUUGUUAUAUUCUGAAUAAUCAAGGUUGAGGUGAUCAAAUCUUUCCCUUUACUUUAAUAAAUACUCUGGAUAUCACAAAAAAUGAAUGCAAUCAAAUUGUUUUAGUUUAUACAAAAUUAUCGCAAAAUGCAUUGUCGUUGAGAAACACAGUUUAUUACAUUUGUCCUUUUCCAAAUAGAUUAAAAAGAAUGGAAAAGUGGAGAUUGCUCUUAAAAUAUCAUGCAUUGCAUAAAAUAAUGUCACCUACAAAAUAAUGUACAUUGGCUCCGAUAGCCACUGAAAAAAAGCAGAUAGUGAGUACAGUGUGCAAAUUAUUGUACAUUGAUGUAAGAUACUUCGGAACUGUUUGUGAAACAAAUAAACUGACGCUUGUUUACUACCACAAUGUAAAUCUGUACUUUACAUCAGCAACAUUUUGGCAGAUAAUGUCUGUAUUAAUGAAACAGAAUAGCAAAUGCACUUGUAACAGUACCUUCUCAUGAACAGAUUGUCUCACCUGUAACAGAAAGCUAAAGUGUUACAUUUACAGUAGAUCACUGGUACAGUAUACAAUGUACUUGUACUUGUAUCAUCUUGUGGUAAAUACCAAUACACUGUACAAGUACAACUGUUUCCAUUUGAAGCUUGUUUUGCAAUCCCACUGGUUCUAAAAAUGCUUUUUAUUUUCCUUUUGACUAGGCCUGCAUGUCACCAAGAUUUCAAGUGUGUGUAUGCAAAAAUUAGGCAAGAAAUUGAACAGCUGCUAAGUUCUUUAUGUUCUAUUUUCCUUUUGUUUCUUUCCAAAUUAGCAGCUGGUUGUGCUCUUGUUAGCACUUAGUGAAAUCCCUUCCUUCAUUCCCUUUGUACUACAGUAACUAUGUCUUGUUGGUGAAUGUCUUUUCAUUAAUUUUCAGGUGGGUGAUCCAGUGCUUCUUUUGUUUAACAAUGGUGCAAGAGGAUUCCUAUCUUUUCCCAAGCCACUGUUUGGAAGUGAAUGUAAUGACAACAAUCCCGCAGGUGUGUACAGAGUUAUUCCUUUUGUUGUAAACGCCAUUUCUCAUUAUUAAUAACUAUAUGUAUAAUCAGAUAUUAUCAAAGCCAUUAUUGAGGAAUGCAGUGGUUUAAAAUACAGCUGUACAUUGUACCUGCAGGGCUUGAAAAGAAUAAAAAUAAAAAAUAAAUUAUCGCGCUUCCUCUGGGUAAGAAGCUCUCACAUUUUGCAUGCCUGGGGCAACCACUCUCUUGUCUUAGUUAACCCUUUAAACCCUAAGAUCAAAAUUUAAAUUCUCGUCAGUUGCCUCUAUUCAUUUCCUACAGAAGUAGUGGGAAGAGGUUGAUAAAAUAUCAAUCAAAUUCAUCUUGUGUGACCAUGUCGUAAUUCUCAUGACCACUCUGUUUUACAAAGCAUUGAUAUUACAAGGAGAAAUUUAAUGCUGAUCACUAUUGGGGCUUUUAAUGAUUUAAUAAUUAUUGGAGGAUGACUUGCCUGGACCCUCACCCAUCGAGCAAGUAACCUUUUAAAGUUACUUGCCCAGCAAAAAAAUUUUUCAAGCCCUGACCAGCAGGUGGUGAAGAUACACCUUUCAUGAUCAUUGACAGGAGUGUAAACCUUUUCAUAAGGCCCUCAACUGCUGUUUAAUAGACCUUUUCACCAUUUUUGUCAACCCUUGACAUGGACAAUUUCAGGAAAAUCUGUUGACAUCACUGAAAAGAGCCUCUUAAAAUCAAUAAAAUUGCCAAGUUUGAAAGUGAUUUGUUAAAAGCUAACAAAGAUACAGCUCCUCAAAGUCACAAAAUUUUACAGGCAUUUGUAUGGCUGAUUUAUUUGUCAGGAUAUCGCAAGGACAAUAGCACAGAAUGUACUAGAACCAUUCCAGUGCUUUCCUCAGCUUGUGAGACACUUCCAACAAUCAGUGCUAGAAGCUAUUAUGAAGGAUUCACAGUGGCAAAGGUACAGUUACUGAACACUUGUGUGACUGAUUUUAGAGGGAAAGAAUUAUUUUAGCUAUCCCGCUGGAACGUUGUUUUAAGGCCACAGUUUGAUUGUUUUGUCAUUCAUUCAUGGGUUGCCAAUGAGAGCAAAGCUGUGAUUAGAGGAGUGACUGUACCAUAAAUGUGGCAGAAAUAAUUUCCAGGAAAUAAAAGCCGAAAACUGAUGGUCAAAAUGUGGGGAAAGAAAUGUGGUUUGACUAUCGACAGCCGACUAAAAAAGCUAAAUGUAGUUGUUUAUGUGUAGUGAUAGUGCAGUGAUACAUGUGAAUACAUUUUCUUAAAAAAAUCACUGAGUUUAAUUUGGCCAAUUGCUUUUUUAUGUUAUUUUGUUUGUUCAUUUAUGUCAGAUUAUGUUUUGUAAACUUGUGUGGCCAGUCUAUAAUAUCCUAAAUUAGAAAGUUAUAUAUACUGUAAUAAUGUUAUACUGAAUAUAUGGAACAUUGUUAAGUUCUGUUAAGCUCAGUAUUAUUAUUUGUUCUUAUUCAUACAGAAUCCUGGAGUUCUAAUCAAUAAUUCAACCAAUAAUUCAACCAGUAAUUCAAGUUCCUCUGCCAGCACUCCUGAUUUUGUACCUGUGGUACUGAAACAGCCUUUAAAGUGUACAACAUACCUUGGUAUACCUCUUGACUGUCCAUUCACUGUGCCUCCCUACCCCACCUAUAAUGCAGAUAAUAAGACCUGCAAUAAUGUGGCAUUGGAGGUGAGGAGAAUAUCCUAACAAAUUUUUAUUCACUUUACAAGUUUUCAUAUGAUUCAUUUUCUUCUUUUGUUCUGGCUUUGUAAUCAUGAUUAACGGUGAAUAAUACUAUACACUCUGCCACCGUGGUCCUGAUUUCCUGGAAAUAAUAUUUUUAUGAAAAGAGAUCAGAACUGUUUCCUGAUUCCAGGACCAGGGGCCAGUUUGUUGUGAUGUUGGCUUUUUUGCAAAUAGCCUCAAAUUUCUUUCUUAUAGAAUCACGGAAAGUAAGUAGGAAGAAACAGUACUACAGUUGUAGAUAUAAUAUUACAUACAAUUACAGUGGAACCCCGCCUUACAGCCACCUCAGAAAUAAGGUCACCUUGUUAGUAGGGCCAAGCUGUUUUGGCCACAUGGCAAAACAGUCAUACAUUUUCUUAUAUAAAAACCCUUGUUAAUAAGGUCACCCGUUAAUAUGGCCAAAUUUUUUUUGCCCAUUGGUUAUGGUAUUUACGGGAACCACUGUAUUGGCUCUUUGACCUUCUUAAUUUAAGUUCAAUGAUAUUUGCAUGUAAGACCACAUGAACACUAACAUGCUCAUGGCAGGUGGGGUAUACAUGUUAUGGGGCUUGAGUGCAAAGAAAGUAGUGUCUUAUAGCCCAGGGCUAGUGGAUUUUACUAUCAGGCUAGUGAAUUCUGUUCUUAACUUAAAUGCUCAACUAGCCAGUGAAGUUUUUUGGGGGGAGAAUUCAAAUUACAUAACAACUGUAAUCAAAUGCUGCUCAUCAAAAAAAGUUUUCGGGCUGAUUAAAAUAACUGUUGGGCUAGUACACUAGCGACAGUUUACACUGUACUUGAAUGGCAAGCUGUAAAAUUGAUUUAAAUUAUUUAAACCCUGAGGCUGCAGCUGUAUCUAUAUUUGUUAAUAAUUAUACUGUCUAGCGGCUUUUUACAGUCAGUUGUUGAGUUGUGGGUUUGGCUCUAAUAACUGGUGUCUGUGUUGUUUUGAAGGUGUUGUACACAGUACAGUAUUCGAAUAGUUCAACUGACAUUGUGGCUGUCAUGGUAGAGUUUGUACUGGGAAGUGUCACAUCAGAAAUGGGACUGGAUCUGAGGCAGAAAGUGUCCAUCAGUUUUUCAAAGGUAUGAAUUGUUGAUAAUAAUAGUGUUCAUUGUGACUGGUCAGUGACUGAUCCAGACCUUUAGAUAAGGAAGGGGGUGGGGGGGGUCAUGCACACCCUGAGAUAAGGAGGGGGGGACCAGGGUCCCUGGGCCCCUCCCCUGGAUCUGCCACUGUUGGUAUAUUACAGUCAAACCUGUAUGAAGUGGCCACUCUUUGGGGAAUGGCUUCUGCUUACUUACCGCUUAAGGUGAUUCCCUAGUUUUGCACUGCGCAUCUCUUACUGCGCAUAACAAGAUGGCCGCCGUAAAAAAGAGCAUGUGGAGUAAUAUUAUUAAAAUGAAGUUGACUGAAGAGAAACGCUAUUGGAAUUUUUGCUUGCGGUUGUUUCUUGCCGAGGUGAGACUCAAUGUUUUGGGAAUGUGCAUAACGUAAGCAGUACGCGUGUUGCUGAGUUCGGCCUCCUCUCGGAGAACCUCGAUAGUGGAUGUUUAACUUGUGCUUGCUCACUUUGAUUCUCAUUUAAACACUUUCUUUAUCACAUUGUGUCCUAAAUGUGAUAUCUCGAUGUAAAUUCUGUAAAAACGGAUUUUUUAAUACUUUCUUCCCCUUUCACAUACAUUCUAUUUCGAAGCUCGCCCCAGUCCUCUCUCAAAAAUCGGAGAAAAUGCGUUUGGUGCGCACUUUCUGCAGCUCUACCGCAAAAACGAGUACGGUGACCCCCAUUUUUUAUUUCAUGAUUUCAAUAAGGACAGUGCUUCCUUUCAAUGAGAAAAAAAUUGGCACAAAUCUAUGUUCAGUUUUUUGGCAAUUUUACUAAAUUGUACGGAUUGAGCCAUCACGGGUCGAAAAGCGCACGUCCAAUUUAAUUCUACUUUGGAGCGUAAAGUAAAAACAAGGGCAUUAAAAGGCAUUUUUCUGGUACGUAAGUGGAUAAACAAUAUAUUAAAGUCAAAUUCUGUGUGAUGUCACAUGCAUCAUCGAAAAAAUCUCUCCUUUUUGUCUAGUUUUGCGCUGCCCGCGGUUUUUGUAAAAGGGUCCUAAAUAGCCGUAUUUGUCAGCAUUGUGACGUCAAAACGAGCACGGUGACCCCCACUUUUUAUUACUUUUUUAUCAUCUUCUUGACUUGUUACAUCAGUGUACCAAGUUUUAGCUAAAAUCUAUGUUAGGUUCUUUUACUAUGGAAUCACCUUAAUACAGGUUUAACAAACCAAGGAGUUAAUUUAGAAACCAAGGAAAUAUCAGUCGUCUGUAAUAUUAAAUUCCACAGAGUUUUAAUACAUUUCAGGAGUAGUGUUAGCCAAGAGUUUCUCAACAUAAGGCUGCAAAAGUGCUAUUUUACUCACAGCAAAUAACACUACUAAAACAACUAAAAAAACAGAACUUAAGUCAAAUGCUGUAUGGUAAAAAUCUUAGCAAUACUGGCCACUCUUUGGGGAACGGCUUCUGGUUACUUGCCACUUAAUACAGGUUUAACAAACCAAGGAGUUAAUUUAGAAAAUGAAGGUGGUGACAAAGCAAAAAUUUAUAUCCAUCACACAACAAAUUGACCUCAAAGGGUUUCUACCUCUCAAUGCCAUGCACAGUAUAAUUAUCUAUUGCACUAGUCUGUUACAUCUGUUCAUCUUGAUACAGUGACCGUUUAAUAGAGGUUAAGACAAAAGCAUCAACUCUAAAAUUCAAAAAGGUGGUUGAUUCAGCUUAUCAAACACAAACCAAAAAUGUUGUUUUGUUACCUUGUUCAUAGGCUGGUAGUACAGACACUACAUUUCAGCGAUCAGGGAACCCCGGCUAUAUCAUUGGUCAACCUCUUGUUGCAGGGAAACUUGUCACAGUCGACAACAAGUAUCUUUUUGUAAGGUCAAUAUAAGUGAGCAUAAUGUGCCACCUUUAAGGUGGCUCCAUACAGUUUUUCAGAGUCAUAAACAAAAAUUUGAAAAAAUUGCCACCACAGUUGUAUUAGAUAAAGAUGAAAAUUUGUUAUGAUCAUGGUUGCAAUGUCAUCGAAGUUGUCAUAGUAACGAUAUGACACCAUUGCCUAUUUUACUUUCAGUAGUAUUUCUUGACACUGGAAACUCUUGAUCCAAAAUCGUUCAUGGGAGCUUGACCCUAAAAAACUGUAUUGAGCCACCUUAACUGUGUUUUCAUGUAAGGCACUCACUGGCCUCAAAAUUGUGAGCAGGUCAAUUGGUGCUGUAUUGGCUACAUAUGUAUAUGUUCUUUCUCCCCCACCCCCUGUUUUCACCUCUGUUAUCCAUUUCCCUUGUGGUGGAUUGGCCUCACUCCUGAAGGGGCACAGUUUCCCAAGCUAAGUACACAUGUUGUUGGAUUUUUCUUGACUUUGUUGUUAGAGAUGCAAUCUUUCUCAGUAGUGAUCGUAAUACUUGGCUUACCAUCAUUAACCCAUCAGCGAAUGGAGCCUGCAAUAACUCCACUCUUCGCACUUCAGUAACAUUUGGAGUUGACAUGCGCACUGGUUGCUCUAUCAGGUAAGAAAUAAUAUCAUCUGGAAGCCUGAUAAUCCGUUGAGAAUUGUGUGAAGCAAUAGUCAUGGAUGUCUUACUGGGACCUUAACAGUACAAAAAACCUGGUGGCACUUUUGCAACUUGCAUUGAUGACUUUUACAGUGUUAAAAAUUGCCUAUAUUUCCUACAUGGAAACGUCCACUGACAGUUAAUAAUAAUUACAUGUACAUGCUUUGGAAAUUCUAAUUGUCAAGGGGGUUAUACAAGGCUAAAAGAUAAAUCAUGUUUAUAUAUGGGAGAGAUCUUUUUUUGCUGAGUGACACAGGCAGCUCAGAAGACUCCCAACAGGAGUCUAAGUUUUCAUGAGCUGAACCUAUUUCGAAUUAAGGCCGACCCAAAUUAUUUAGACUGGGUGAAUUGAUUCAGACGCCGUUCUUUCAUUGCAGCUGAACUAAGUUCAAAAGGCCAAAAAUGCUCAUUUCAGUCAAACUGCUUAUAUAUCUGCAUAUAUGCUGUAUGUGAAGAUAGAAAUGUAAUGGUGAAUUUUUGCCCUGGUGAAUAUAUGAGAAAGAUGUGAUUGCUAAAACAGUCGCAUGUCAAAAUCGAGAAUGUCUACAGUUUGGUUAAUAUAGCUCACUGUUUAUAAGAAGUAAAAACAUGAUUUGUCUUUAUCAGCCUAUAUUCACUAAGGGGAAAGUUUGGUAAAGGUGUGAACACUUUAUUGAGUUCACCUUUGGUACAUUAAUUUAUAGUCUGUUCAUAUUUUAAAAUCGAUUGGUCAUAUUAAUUAAUUAUAUGUUCUAUAAGUUAUAUAGUUAGUAGUAUGUUGUCAGACUAGUCAGUAAGUUAUAGAUGCAGGCCUCCAUUUAAACCACCAUAGAAGGAAUAUACCAAUUUUUAGAAUUCAUACCUGCCUCCAAGGUUUGGGGGAUUAAGACAAAAGAAAUCACAUGUUAGUUCAGGGAUGAAAAAUACAUUUCUUUUGUUUUAUUCCCCCAAGGCAUGGAACCAAUUAUGAAUUUUGAUGUCUGUCAGACCUGCUCAUAGAAAUAAAUAAAUAGGUUAAUAGAUAUGAGUAAAUAUGGUUUCAGCUGACUUUUUUAAUGUGGAAAUGAGGCUCGUUUUAUUGACAGUAUAUUAUAUGUUUUACUCUCUGCUUGUUAACCAAGAGUGAGUUAAUUACAGGGAAAUGUCGGACCGAGACCUUGAUGCAUUGACUGAGUGAUAGCAAGAUAAAUACAUCAAGGCCGAGGUCUGAGUAUCCCUGUAAUGGCGGAACAGACGAGGUUAAGAAGUUAUUUAUUAUAUGGCCUUUUCAUUAUGGACCUGAGCCUGUGAUCAAUUAAAACCAAUAACUGGUCAGCAGAUAACUUAAAAAAAACACGCCACCUCAAUGAAUUGUACACUUAAGCAUGCGUUACAGUCAGGUGACACGGGUCAGCUGAUGCCCUCUUUGACAGCUGUUAACUGAACAUAACAUGGAUAUCCUUUAUCAAGUUAAACAGAUUGUAUAUGCGUUGGACACUUUGCCAGUAAUGCCCGGUCAUUACAAGAAAACAGCCAAUCAGAGUGCAUGUACUAUUGUAGCCAUAGAACAAUCGGCCAUAAUAUUUCUGACAUGAUUUAAUAACUUUAGCAGUUUUAAGCUGCUAAAUUAAUUAAAUUAUGUUAGUAAUAUUAUACUGGUCCUCUUGAUGCGUCAUAAAAAGACAACAGGUGUUGUAAUCACUGAAAGCAUCUCGGUAAUUAACAGUUCAAGCUGUUUUUUAUUUCAAGUGUGGUUUUUUUUUCUUUCAAAGAAAGGCUCUCCUGAACUUAUUUUCUUUUGCCUGACCAAAGUAAUAAUAAUAUUUCUGACAUAAUUUAAUAACUUUAACAGUUUUAAGCUGUUAAACUAAUUAAAUUAUGUUAGUCAUAUUAUGCUGGUCCUCUUGCUGCCUCAUGAGAAGGCAACAGGUGUUGUAAUCACUGUAAGCAUCUCGUUAAUUAACAGUUCAAACUGUUUUUUAAUUCAAGUGUAGUUUUUUUCUUUUGAAGAAAGGCUAUGCUGAACUUAUUUACUUUCGCCUGACCAAGGCAAUAAUAAUAUUACUGACAUGAUUUAAUAAUUUUAACAGUUUUAAGCUAAUAAAAUUAUUAAAUUAUGUUAGUAAUUUUAUACUGGUCCUCUUGAUACCUAUCCUGAACUUAUUUUCUUUCGCCUCACCAAAGUUUCAGUACCAAGCUUUGUUUAUAAGCAAAAUUCUUUUCAUUCCUUUUCAAUUCCGAGAGGUUACUUCAAUAGACUAAAUUUCACUGUAAGGCUGCGUGCAAACGGACGCAACAUCGUUGACCAACAACUCCCAGCAUUGUUGGAUGUUACAUGUUGCGUCCCUUUGCACACCCUGUUGCAUGUUGUUGCGCAAAGUUUGAAACCGGUAAAACUUUUAGCCCCGUGCAAACGGACGCAACAACUCCCAACAUUGUUGGGACAUGUGGGGCCCGUUUGCACGUAGCCUAAGAGUGCUAAUGUGAGUAAUUUACUUGUUCAUCAUCAUUAGAAUGCGGUCGGCGAUGAUGAUGACCGCGUCUUUUGAAGCUCUGUAGUUUUGUGUCAAUCUUGUUAAUGGGCCAUAAUUAGUUGUACUAUACUGUGCGCUUCUCCAUUCAUAAUUUCUUUGCUAACCUUAUGUACAUGUAGUUUUUUGUCUAAACACCUUGUAUUAAUAUUGUACCACUGAUGCACUCUAUUUUUUUUAUAGAAUGGAGGAAAAAGAAAUAAAAGUACAAAUAGAAAUGUUUAACCAGGAUGAUAACCGGCUAAUGUUAGGUCCAUAUUGUAAUUUUGUAUGAGUGUUUUCAGUGUACACAUGUUCUUCUUUUUUAUCAAGUUUCCCGCAGACCUUGGACGGAUCGCAGUGUAAAAAGCUCCAAGAGAUAGUGCUUAACAUAAUGUCAGGUGAUCUACCCACUUACGUGGCAUCCUUUGGUAACUCCGAUGUAAACAGUGUGGGUGACUGGGUCAAAAUUCUUAAUUCAAAACCAGCAAAUGAGGUAAAUAAAUACCGGGUAUUUGAUGCUGAGUGUUAUUUUCGCCUGAGUAGAUGAGUGAACGACUUUUACAAGAUACCUUUGCGACUGAGAUAUUUUUCUCCUUACCGGAUAUAUUUUUCAACCGAGGCAGAUUUAGACCAGUCGGAAGGUCGUGGGCUCGAUUCCCGGAGGCGGACCAAUGCUUAGAGUCUUCAAUUAACUGAGAAAUAAAGGCACUGCCUUUGUCCUGCAAAACGAAAAUUAACUGAGAAAUGAAGGCAGUAAAUAAAGGCACUGCCUUUGCCCUGCAAAACGGCUACACCUUCACGUAGCUCAGAUCGAUAGAGAUAGGAUUCCCGUCUGCAUUACGAGACUUGAUAAAACUUACUUUCUUGCUAUGUACAAUUGAAACUGCUAUUUACAUUGAAACUUAAAUAAUGUUUUUGUUUUUUAAAUUAUUUGAUUGAUUUUGCUUCGAAUACUCGGUCUUGAGUUUUUUGGUCAUUUUGUUUGAAAUUUAGGUUGAUUUUAAAAAUUUCUUUCUUUAAUAGGCUGAAGAAGGAAAUGGCGGCUGUCGGAAUAUGAUACUUGGACUUCACAUUGAAGUUUUGUUCGCUAAUUUUGGUUUCCUGGCUAACCCUCAACCAAAGGUAAUGAAUGCUUUUUUU